AUUAUUAUUAUUAUUAUUAUUAUAUGAUACAUUUAUUAUUAUUAUAUGCUACAUUCAUAAUGCCCUUGUCGUUGCUUGCUCACUCAAAUCACUCAUAUUUUUGCCCUUUUUUUUCAUUCUUCUCUGUGUCCAACUCUUUCCUUACACCAGGAGCUAUGAUUCGGCUAUUUAAAGUAAAGGAGAAGCAGAGGGAACUUGCUGAAAAUGCUAAUGGAGGCGCACCUGUCAAAAAGCAAACUGCUGGAGAGUUGCGUCUUCAUAAGGAUAUUUCUGAGCUGAACCUGCCUAAAUCAUGCACCAUAUCAUUUCCCAAUGGCAAGGACAACCUGAUGAAUUUUGAGGUUUCAAUCCAUCCAGAUGAAGGAUAUUAUUUAGGUGGCACAUUUCUGUUCUCUUUCCAAGUUUCUCCCAUCUAUCCACAUGAGGCACCAAAGGUUAAGUGCAAGACCAAGGUUUACCAUCCUAACAUUGACUUGGAAGGAAAUGUCUGCCUCAACAUCUUGCGAGAAGAUUGGAAACCUGUCCUCAAUAUAAACACUAUUAUAUAUGGAUUAUACCAUCUUUUCACGGAACCAAAUUAUGAGGAUCCCCUUAAUCAUGAUGCUGCUGCAGUGUUGAGGGACAACCCAAAAAUGUUUGAGUGUAAUGUGAGAAGAGCUAUGGCUGGAGGAUAUGUUGGGCAAACCUUUUUUCCACGGUGUAUUUAGCUUUUGUUGUUUGGUGGUGAAAGGUGCCGAUUCACUUGCAUUAUCCAUGCUCUAAUGUCUGUGGUUGUAAAAUUUAUCUGCAAUUUGCAUUCUGUUCUCCUUUUCAAUUUUCUGAGUGGAGUUGGGGCCAUUAGUUCUUAGAAGUGCAACUUAAAACACAAACAUAAUUUGUAUGUUACUGUAACUUGUCUGAUGUGAUAAUGUAUGUUGACUUGGUAUA